CGUCGCUGUCAUUUGUUGCGCUCGACCAGUCGAGUCUGCCUGUUUGGGCUCCGGCGCGUCGAGGCGCGUCUGCCGCGCUCAUCUAUUUAAACACCCACACCUCCUCUUCUGUUCUUCUUCUGUUCUUCUGUUCUGUCUAUGCAUUGCUGAGCAACAUGUACAAGUCUCUGCUCUCCGCACUCGCUCUCUCGAGCUCGGUGCUCGCGUCUCCCCUCCUCAAACGCGCAUCCACCUCCUCCUACGUCAACCAGACGACAUGCGACUCGCUCGAGUACACCUACGACUCCAUGGUCGCCUGGGGUUUCCUUGCCGGCAACGCGGUCGACAACUACGGCGACACCAUCGGCUUCGGCUCCAGCAUCACUCUCGAGCGGCCCUCCGUCAAAGUCACCACCCUCGCCGACGGCUCCAAGAACUACUCCGCCACCGUCUACAACCUGCCCGACCGCGGCUGGAAUACAAUGGGAACCACGAACUUUGAGCCACGCAUAUACAAGUUUGAAAUCUCGUUUGUGCCCGAGCCCUCGGGUUCGUUCCACCCGAACCUCAAGUGGAACCUCCUCGAUACUCUCAUCCUCACGGAUCCCUACGGAAACCCCCUCACCGGCUUUGACUGCGACACCACCCUCACCUUCCCCGACAUGCCCGACAUCCCUGCCGCGACCUUUGAGCACAAUGGCUGGUACGACUUUGGCGGCCAGGACGAGUCUGUUCGAGUCUGCUUCGACGCAGAGACCCUCAACGUCAUCAACGGAUCGAUCGAGAACGGCUUCUGGAUCACCGACGAGUACGGACCGUACCUCUACCGCUUCAACUCUCGCGGUAUGAUGGUCGAAGCCAUCCGUCCCCCCGAGGCCAUCGUUCCCUACCGCAACGGCACGCAGUCUUUCUCCGCCGACUCUCCGCGCGAGGGCUCGGACAUUGACGGCGAUGACAUCACCCCCGCCGACCCGGACUCUGGACGCGACAACAACCAUGGGUUCGAAGGCGCGAGCAUCUCGCCUGAUGGCAAGUAUCUGUUUGCGCUUUUACAAGCCGCGACCGUGCAAGACGGCGGCACAAAGAAGUACCAGAGCUCCUACAGCCGACUUGUCAAAUACGACAUCUCCACCCCCGGCGCGUCCGAGUUCGUGGGCGAGUAUAUCGUCAAGCUGCCGACCUACCACAACCCAGACAAAUCAGACAAGAAGAACCCCGAGACGGCCGCCCAGUCCGAGCUCUACGCGCUUUCCGAGUCCCAGUUCUUUGUCCUCGCGCGCGACUCUGGCCGCGGCCACGGCCAGUCCGAGUCCGAGUCGCUCUACCGCCACAUCGACGUGUUUGACAUCUCGAACGCGACAGACAUCCACUCGGUCGACGAGUACAACGUCGUCGGCGGCGCCGUCGCGCCCGAUGGCGUCCUUGUCGACGACAUCACGACCGCCACGCUCUGCCCGUUCCUCGACGUCAACGUCAACUCGCAGCUCAACAAGUUCGGCGGCGGUCUCCACAACGGCGGUGAUCAGGAGUGGGAGCUGCUCAACGAGAAGUGGGAGGGCAUGGUCCUUAUCCCUGCGGAUGGUGCGUCGGGCGCUGACAACAAGUACUACGCCAUCAUCACCUCGGACGACGACUUUAUGACCCAGCACGGCUACGUCAACUUUGGAAAGCACACCUACCGCGACGACGCGGGAUACAAUCUCGACAACCAGGCUUUGGUGUUUGAGAUCACGCUGCCCAGCUCGCUCAAGCCGUUCGGCGAGUUCCCUGCUGGAAGUUAGUCCAAAUAUCUGUACAAAUGAUCUCAAUAAUACUCAAUAAUAGUCAAUCAUCGCAAAUAUCGCAAGAAUAAGCAUACUGUAAACAACGUCACGUGAGCUGACAAAUAUCUUGCCCUAACCC